GUCAAAAGCUCUAGUUAAGAAUGCAUAAUCGUAAAAGAACUUUAUAGUUAAAAUUAAAGCAGACAUGUGAAAUAUCUCGUCAUCGAAAUUCAUUAUGAAGCUGCCAUUUCACACGUUCAUCGGUCCGGUAUUGAAAAAAAAUCAUAAAUCUAUAAAAAGUCUUUGCGCACAUCCGACAUUAUCAUUUUCUCCUAUAUACGUGUUUAUCUUGGGAAUUCUCGGGAUGGUAUUAAGUAUAUUCGAUAUAAUUAGAAUAAUUAAAUGCGGCUCGGUAUUACCUGGUUAUCUUUGGAGGGAACGUUUGAAAAAAGGCGCUAUUGUUGUACCGGAAGUAGAACGAGAUCUUAAACUCAUAUGUCUAGUACUCUCGACAGAAUAUUACAGUUUUCUUUUAAUAGGAGUUCUUACUGGAAAUCCUAUAUUUUUGUUACCCUUUAUGAUACUGUACGCCGUAAUUAUUAUGAUGGAAUCCUUUAUAUUUUUAAUGAAAGCAUUCGCAGAAGGUAUUGAUAUGAAAAAAUCCAGUCUAGUCAUGUCUAUGUUUAUGAUGUACAAUUGGAUGUCUGUGUUUUGUACGUUUUGUCGACAGAUGACGGGCUGUGAUAUUUAA